CGGCUCGCAGGACGUCGCUGCCUCAGUCGCCAUCGCCAUCUGCCAUUUGCUCUCCGGCCGCGCGGGGGCGCCACUCGCCAACGCAGUCGCCAAAAAGGACACUCGUUUUCGCCACCACUCAACUCGCCUCGGUUUUCGAGAUUCUCGCUUCUCGUUUCGCACUCGUUUCCAGCCCGAGAAUUCGAUUCGAUUCCCGAUUUCGAUUCUUGGCCAUAGUUUCAGUCGGCGAGCCAAAAAGCAGCCUGCCAGUCGAGAGCGCCUUUCCCAGAACUCAGAACCCAGAACUCAGAACCCCAGUUAACCAGUUAACCAGUACCAUCCAGAACUGAAUCCCAAAGAUUGCAAAUACCACUUGGGGUCUAACGGUACCGCAGUGCGUUUUUAUUACCGCCGCCUUCGCUGCUACGCAUAUAUAUAUACGCAUCUACACAUAUAUAUGCGCACACGGACGCGCCGUGGUGUGCGUGCGGGGGGCGGGGGCAUGCGUGCGAGUGUGUGUGUGUGGGCCGAGCGGUCGCGCGUGUUUAAUUAAUCAUAAAAUCUACAUCACAAGCCGCAAAAGUAAAAAGUAACUCGCCAAAAACAGCAAAACAAAUACAUAAAACAAACAAAGCCCAAGGAAGGUGGGAAAGAGAGGGCUGCAGAGAGGGAGGGGGCCGGCGAGAGGGGGAUAAUGUGCAAUAAACUCGAUUUUGGAACCAACUAUAUCCUGUGCAAAAAACUAACACUGCUUUUCCGACGGCAUCCGCAAGAUACUCAACUUCAUAGAAUGAUGCUUACCAAAGGAUACUAAGUGCGAGGAGGAGAAAAAGGAGCAGCAGUCAAGGUGCAGUCCAUGAGCAGACUUCAGCGGCAAUUGGGAUCAGGAGGUGAGCGCUUCCGAUCGAGAGGAUAAUGUGUUCAAUAUUUCGCAACCGCAUCAAUUACCGUGGGACUGGCGGCACCAGGAGCGGCAGCGGGGAGCGGGAAAGGGACAGGGAUCGUGAUCGGGAGAGGGACAGGGAUAGGGACGCCCUGCUGGCCAAGGAACUGGAUGCGGAUAGCAACAACAAUGGCACCGAGCCGCAAAUGGAAACGGAAGCGGUUCCGGAAUCCGAUACGGAGAGGGAAGUGGCCGAGGAGCACGGCGAGGAUCAGGGGGAUCUGGAGAACAGCAACGAGGCCCUGGACCUCUCGCUGAUCUCGUCCAGCGGUCGGGAGUCCCUGCCAGGCAGUGGUCACGUCUCGCUGGAGGCCCUACAACAUACCAAAGUGGCGGUGGCCCAGUUCGCGGCCUCGGCGAUGGCCGGUAACCACCAGUCCGCCGACCUGGCCAUGGUGCAGUCCACCAUCUUCAAUGUGCAGCGGCAGCAUCUGAUGCAGCUGCAGCUCAUUCAGCACCUGCAAAGUCAAUUGAAAAGGGCCGAGGCAGUCGCCCUGGGCAGGCAAUCCCAGAGCGACGAGGAGGAGGACGAGCUGGAGCCCAAGAAGCAUCCAGCCAAUGGCCUGAAGGAGGAGGAAGAGGAGCAGGAUCAGGAGCUGGAGCAGGAUCAGGAGGUGGAGCCGCGACGGGAGGAGAGUUCAAAGACUGACAAGAGGGCGACUGAGGAGAGAAAGGCGGACCCGGAGGGCUACCAACCCAUGAUGUGCGACAUCAGCUCGAGCCUGGCCUCGAGCAUCAUCACCAACCACGAACCCCCAGCCGCCAACGAGCCCAACUGCCUGGAGAUGCUGCAGCGGCGAACGGAGGAGGUCCUGGACUCCGCUUCCCAGAGCCUGCACGCCGCCCAGAUGCAGGAGGAGUACUCGGAGUACGCCUCCAAGGAGGCUCAGAGUCGCGGCGAAAUCUUCAAGCACCGCUGCAAGUACUGCGGGAAGAUCUUCGGCAGCUACUCGGCCCUGCAGAUCCAUCUGAGGUCGCACACCGGCGAACGUCCAUUCGUUUGCAACGUCUGCGGCAGUAAGUUCACCACGAAAGGCAACCUGAAGGUGCACUACCAGCGGCACACGCAGAUCUUUCCACCCAUGCUGCUGCCACCGGGAGUGGCGCCCAACGUGGGGCACUCGGGUCAGGGUCAAGCGCAGGCCGAUCAGUAUCCCAUUCGCCUGCCUUUUGUGCCCCCGGGGGCUCCAUCGGGUCAGGAGCAGGCUCAGCAGCAGGUGGAGGAGCCAGAGGAUGUCAGGCAGGAGGCUCCGAUUCCAGUUCAGCAGGCAGAGGAUCUCAGCAAGCCAGUGGUGAAGGAGAAGGAGAAGUCCCACUCUCCCGUGGAGCGAGUCAAGACUCCCAAGGAGGUCAAGCCAGAGGUUCAACAGCCGCCACCGGAGAAGCCUGAAAAGGAGGUCUCCAAGCCGGUGGUGACCCCUUCGCGACGAAAUGGUUCUGUCCGGAAGCGACAGACCAGCAGUGCUGGCAGUCCUCCUCAGGAGGAUAGGGAACGGGAUCUGGCCGAGCACUUGCACAUAGCCAAGCUGGUGAGACGCUCUUCCUCCAGCCGAGAAUCUCAGCCGGCGGAGUACUCGCUCGCCCAAAUGGAACGCAUCAUCGACAAGUCGUGGGAGGACCUCAUCGAGAUCGACAAGACGUCGGAGACCUCGAAGCUGCAGCAGCUGGUGGACAACAUCGAGAACAAGCUGACCGACCCGAACCAGUGCAUCUUCUGCCAGAAGGUCAUGUCCUGCCGCAGUUCCCUGCAGAUGCACAUUCGCACCCACACUGGCGAGCGUCCCUUUCGCUGCAAGAUCUGCGGCAGGGCCUUCGCCACCAAAGGAAACCUGAAGGCCCACAUGAGCAUACACAAGAUCAAGCCACCGAUGAGGAGCCAGUUCAAGUGUCCUGUGUGCCACCAGAAGUUCUCCAACGGCAUUAUCCUGCAGCAGCACAUUCGCAUCCACACCAUGGACGAUGGCAGCGGUGGCCAGGGAGUUCCUCCAACAAAUCCCGGCGAGGCUGAACGGCUGGGCAUCGAGGAUCAGAACUCCAACAAGUCGCUGGGCACCUCGGACACCUUGGACUUCUCCACCACCAUUUCUGACCACUCGGGUCAGAGGUCUGAGUCCUCGCAAGGCGGUGACUUCGAUGAGUUCAUGACCAUGGACAGCACUGAUGACUCCAGGGACAACUCGAGUGCAGCCACAGCCACGCCCCAUCCCCUGGAAAGGGAGAGGGAUAGGGAGAAGGAGAGGGAACGGGAAAGGGAAAGGGAACGGGAGCGAAGGGUUCCCCAAGAUGGCUCCGAUGAGAGAUCUCAUUCCAAUCCCGAUCUGGCCGGAGGACGCAGCGAGAGUGGGGAGAUGCCCGCCAUGGAUCUCUCCUCGCCCUCUUCAGCCACCGGACGCAUCUUCGGAUCUGGGCUAGCGAAUGGAGCUGUUGGCGGAGGAUCGGGCGGUGGUGGUCUUCCCAUGCUCGGAAUGCCCAUGCCCCCAAAUCUCCUGCUCAUGGCCGCUGCCCGCGAAGAAAUGCACGCUCUAGGUCACGCUCACGCCAAAUUUCCCCUGCUGCCCUUCGGUCCACUUGGAUUUAUGGGUCUGCACCCGCCCCCCAAUGUGUGCAAUCUCUGCUUCAAGAUGCUGCCCAGCCUGGCCGCCCUGGAGAGCCAUCUGCAGAGCGAACAUGCCAAAGAACCGGCGACGGGCCACGCCCUCCGCCCCCACAGCAGUGAAGCUGGAUCGCCGUACGGUGCCAAGCUCACUCUCAAUCCAAAUCUGUUUGCAAAGAAGCCGCCGUCGUCGUCAUCGGGUGACAAGUUGCUUGAGUCAUCCGCCCUGCCCUUUCCCUCUGAGAAUCCCCCGGCGACGCCCAUCAAGGAAGAUCCCGACCAGGAGCAGUUGAUGGUGGAGGAGGGUGCUUCGGCUGGAGAAGGAUCUGGCAAUGGAGCUGGCUCGAACUAUCCCCAGGAAUCCGGUGAUGCAGAGCAGUCCCUGAUGAAGAUGCAGCUCCAUGCCCAUCGCUUUCCCGCCAGUCCCCUCGACUUUCAGCAGGCUUUGAUGUCCGCAGGACCUCCGACCUCUAGUUUGGAUCCCCCGGUGAACAACAAGCACUUCUGCCACGUCUGCCGCAGGAACUUCAGCUCGAGUUCCGCUCUCCAGAUCCACAUGCGCACCCACACGGGCGACAAGCCCUUCCAGUGCAAUGUGUGCCAGAAGGCCUUCACCACCAAGGGGAAUCUUAAGGUGCAUAUGGGCACUCACAUGUGGACGAAUCCGACUUCGCGGCGAGGUCGUCGCAUGUCCUUGGAGCUACCCAUGCGUCCUGGUCCAAACUCGGGACAAGGUCACCCAGGAUCGAGUGCCGAACAGGAGUUCAUGCAGCGAAGACCGGAGCUCUUCUUUCCCUACCUGCCGCCCUUUUUUAACGGAUUGCCGCCAAAGCCUGGUGAACUGAGUCCCGGCGCCUUUCCCAACAUACCCCCUCCGCCCUUCGCCAACGGCGGGAAGUAUCCAUAUCCGCCCGGACUCCUGGGCUUUCCGGGCUUCCUGGCCCAGCAUCCGUAUGGCCUGGAGCGGAGGAGCAGCAGCAAGUCACCCACACCAGAGCCGGCUCAGAGUCCUUCCCUGCGGGAGGAAGAGGGGUCCGGUAACAUAUGGCAUCCACUGAGUCGCAUCAAGGUGGAGAACAAUCAAAACGAGGCCAUGGGCGGCUUCAGCGAGCAGGAGGAUCAGCAGGAAGCAGAGGCGGAGGCCCACGGAGGGGACAACGAGGAGUCGGAGUCCAGAGAUGCGGAGAAGUAACUGAGAGGAGCCGAUGAUGAGAUCUUAGUCUUGGAACACACAUGGUUUUUGUGGAGUACAUAUCUUGAGCAUUACCCUACGCUAAGCUUCAACUAGCACCGACACAAACUCAAACACCCCCCUACACAUAUAUACGAAUAUAUCCUUUGUGUCUAUACAUAUAUAUAGUACGGUUAAUUGAUAGCGAUCUUCAAGGCAUUUAAAUGCAUUAAGUUUAGCCGGUAAGUUGUAAAAAUAGCGGAUCGAGGAACGAACUUGGCUGGAGGAGUCUCUUCAACCGGAUCAGGCAGGCUGCGAGGUCAGAACUUAACUAAUUUUAUGGCUAUACCUAGAUAUAUUUAAAUACAUAUACCGAUAAAUACACGUAAUGUAAACUGUGGUAGUUGCAUAUAAAAAAUUGAAAUCGAAAAACCGAAAAAAAUCGCGACAAGAAUGAUCAAAAAUAAAGCCGGCGUGCGAAAUUGCAAA